UGACCUGAAACGAUGCUUCCACAAGUUUUGUAAGAUUUGCCAACUGCCUUAGGACUUGUGGAGUUACCAUCUUGUUCUUAAACGAAGAGCUUCCCAGAAGGUGAAGAACCACAGGGAACAGGUGUGCAUUAGUCUUUACAGGAGCUCGACUAUUAAGGGGAGAGACAGGUCCAUGGCGUCUUCCUGUCAUCAGUUGUUGGAUAUCAUUGGUUAUUGUAUCCAGCAUGCCCGGUAUUAUGGAGGCGAUUACAUUCACAAAUGCCUCAAGACAUUGUUGCAGAGAAAUGCAACAAAGAGAAGAGCUUUGCCCCUCAGAACUUCUGUUCCUUGCUCUAUGAUGGAGAGUAAACUAGGGAAAAGGUUCUUCUCCUCUGUCAAUGUCACGAGAUGCCUUCCAAAGCUUGUGAAUGUAUGACUUCCAAUCAUAGCCAUGUUCAGAAGAUUUAAGCAGACUUGCUGCUCUCUUGCGCUGCCUUUGACAAAAGAUGAAGCUAUUUCCUUCAAUGAAAGCUUUUCCACGACCGUCUGAAUGCAAGGAGGGUUAAAGCGAGCAAGACGGACUAAACAGGAUCCAGCAGUUUGCCUCAUGCUCUCCUGUUUCCCCGUUGCCUUGUAGAUAUAGCAGAGGUUGCUAAUCAAAUCCUGGCUGGAGAAACGGGUGGCCCAGUAAGCUCCUUGACUGCAGAUGUUUUCUAUUGUCCUUAACGCAUAAACCUGAGUCAGGUCAUCUUCUCCCUUCCGUAAGACAGAUGAUACAAGAGAGAUCAAGGCAUUUGAAACCUAGUUUAAAGAAAGCAAGAAUCUGUUUAGAUAGGAAACAAUGGAAAAAUGGAACAUUCAGAAUAAGCAAUGGACUUUGGUCCGCUAGAAAUACACCAUAAACAUUAAAAGCCAAAUGAUCCACAUUUAAAAGUAAUAA